GCUGUUCCCGCCCGGCCGCGGGGAGGCGGCGGAGCGAGAAGCGGCGGCGGCGGCGGCGGGAGCAGCAGCAUGGUCUUCCCCGGCGGCUUCGCCUGAGGCGGGAUGAGGAGCCGCCCGUCGCAGCUGGGCAAGGUGCUGAGGAGGAGGUUCCGCCUCGUGCUGGUCUUCGGGGUGCUGGCCGUGGCGCUGUGCGCAGCCUACCUGGAGCUGGUGGUCUUGGCCGACGGCGGGGGACACCCCUUGAACCGCAGAUAUGGAAGCUGGAGUGAACUAGCUAAAGCUCUGAGGAACCAGGACAGCCCUAUAGUGGAUCCAAGCCUGCAGUUUUAUCUGCCUCAGAAACCAGAAAAUCUGGUUCAAAGCAGAGUUAACAGAAGAAGCAACAAUAAGACAGAUCCUGCAACUUUGAUUAACUCUGUCACCUGGAGGCCUGAGUUCCAGGGCCAAGUCAACCUUCAUGUCUUUGAGGACUGGUGCGGUGGCUCCGUGGAACAGCUGAGGAGGAACCUCCACUUUCCGCUGCAUCCCCACACACGGACUACCCUGAAGAAACUGGCGGCAUCUCCAAAGUGGACAAACUAUGGGCUGCGCAUCUUUGGCUAUUUGCAUCCCUUCAGUGAUGGUGAGUUUCAGUUUGCCAUUUCUGCCGACGACAAUGCAGAGUUCUGGCUGAGUCCAGGCGAGAGCACCUUGGACCUCCAGCUGCUGGCAAGUGUUGGCAAGACUGGGAAGGAAUGGACGGCACCUGGGGAGUUUGGGAAAUUCAAGAGCCAGAAGUCGAGACCAGUGAAGUUGUCUGCCACAAGCAAGUACUACUUUGAGGUGCUACACAAGCAAGAUGACAAAGGAACAGACCAUGUGGUAGUGGCAUGGAAGCUGAAUGACCCAGAAACCAAGUUUGCUGUUAUUGACUCUGAAUCCCUCUCCCUUUAUGCUAAUGAAACGCUUUUGAAAAUGGACGAAGUUGGUCACAUCCCGCAGACACUGGCUACGAAUCCAAAACAGAUUGUGUACAAUCAGGGUGCAAUGGAGCACUCAGCUGACAUGCUCAAGCCUGACCCCCGGGACACCAUUUAUAAACUGCCUCUCAUAAGGAAGUCGCAGUUGCGCAAGAUCCUUCCAGACUGCCCUUACAAACCAAGCUACCUGGUCAAUGGAUUCCCUCUGGAGCGCUAUCAGGGGCUUCAGUUCGUCCAUUUGUCAUUUGUAUAUCCCAAUGACUACACUCGUUUGACGCACAUGGAGACACAUAACAAGUGCUUUUACCAGGAAAAUGAAUAUUUCCUGAACAGAUUUGGAUUCUCCAGGUAUGUGAAAAUGGACAAGCCAGAGGGGAGGAAUUCAGUUUCUGAGGAAACAACUAAGUUGCCAGGCUAUGAAGGAGAAAAUUUUGAUGAUGCUCAGUAUGAAGACCCAGAUGACAUGCAUCCUCCAUUAAGCUCCUCCAGACCCAAAGUGAAAAGAGCUCCCAUCCUGGCAGCGGAGUACGCCAAUGUUUAUGAUUAUUCCCCACUAAAGCCUCGGGCUCUCCUGUCAGUGGCUGGGAAAGGUACACAGAGCAAAGCUGCUAAAAAGCGGGUAAUGACAUUGGUCGACCAGACCAACAAUAAAACCAUCCCAGAAAUAAAUUCACCAGUAGGAAGGCUGUAUCUGAACAGCAGAAACCAAGAGAACUCUCCUCACCGUGAUAGAAGUGCCCAUGAGUUGCCAGCUACCAAGAGGAAAGGAGGAGAUGAGGGCAUGCAGACUAACAAAAGGACCAAAGGGAUUGGGGAACAAAAUCCCAUCAGUCGCAGGGAUUCAGCUGGAAGGAUCCCAAGAGAGACUUUGGGUUUUAAUGCAAAUGGAAAUAUGGACCUGUCAUCAUUAGAAACCACAAAAACAAGGAGGCAAUCCCAGGUGCUUGACAAAGGAGCAGGGAAGGCAGCCCUCCAGGAACAGCCUGCUCAUGAGGACCAAUGGCUUAACCAAGUAGAUUCGUAUAUAGCCCAGCACAAGGCAGCAGAUGCUGCGAAUGUCAUUUUAGGAAGAGUGGAUCUGGAUCCCCAGCCACCUGUCAGGACUGAUUCUGCCCAGCCAACAGUGCACAAGGUGGAGGAUGAAGAAAAGGUGGUGGUGGUCGAGGAACAAGAGGAAGAAGAAGAGGAGGAGGUGGAAGGGGAGAUAAAUGAAGAAGAGGAGUUUCGUUACAUGCCUGCAUUUGACCAACUAGUGAACUGGCAGCAGACUUUCAGGGCAAGUAACUUGGACUUCCAGGUGCUGCGGACAGACUGGAUUGACCUGAAGUGCAACACUUCAGGGAACCUGCUCUUAAAAGAGAAGGAAGCCCUUGAGGUCACUCAUGCAUUCCUAAAGAAGCUCAACCAGAAGAACAAAGGGCGAUUCCAACUGCUGCGCAUCGUCAAUGUAGAGAAGCGGCAGGACCACCUGCGAGGCAGCCGCUACCUUCUGGAGCUGGAGCUGGUGGCACGGGACAAGCGCAUUGUCCGUUUCUCAGAAUACGUAUUUGCACGGGACUGGCAUGGUAGCAGCAGCGGUGAGGAGGAGGGUAUUAUGAAGGAUCUGGCAUGGGGCCGCCAGCGCCACUUGUUGGCCAGAAAAACUGAGCCAGCCCUGUGCUGGCCAGCAGGCUUUUCCUGGAACCAUCGUGCCGUUGUCCACUUCAUAGUGCCAGUGAAAAACCAGGCACGUUGGGUGCUGCAGUUCAUUUCUGACAUGGAAGAGCUGUUCAGGGUUACUAAGGACCCCUAUUUCAACGUCAUCAUCACAGACUACAGCAGUGACGAUAUGGAUGUAGAAAAGGCUCUGAAAAAGUCCUCAUUGCGCAGGUACCAAUAUUUGCGGUUAACGGGGAACUUUCAGCGCUCCGCAGGCCUGCAAGCUGGGAUAAACCUAGUGAAGGAUUUGCACAGCAUCAUUUUCCUGUGUGAUCUUCACAUCCAUUUCCCAUCAGGGAUCAUUGACUCCAUUCGGAAGCACUGUGUGGAAGGGAAAAUGGCCUUUGCACCUAUGGUUAUGAGGCUCCACUGUGGUGCAUCCCCAAAAUGGCCUGAUGGCUACUGGGAAGUGAACGGCUUUGGCCUCCUGGGUAUAUACAAGUCAGAUCUAGUUCGUGUUGGAGGCAUGAACACCAGAGACUUUGGGGAAAAGUGGGGAGGAGAGGACUGGGAACUCCUGGACCGGAUCUUUCAGGCUGGCCUGGAGGUGGAACGACUCUCUCUCAGAAACUUCUUCCACCAUUUCCACUCCAAGCGGGGCAUGUGGAACCGACGGCAGCUGAAGAUGUGAUGAACAUUUGCACUUGCAGUGCAGACUUUAUCCAGGCAUGUCGAGGAGAAGAUUCCAGUACUACAGAAGUCAGAAUAUGAAUUUAGGCGUUAUGAGAAAAUAAGUUCAGGCGCAGAACUGAGAGCUUUAAUCUUGUGAGAAAAAUGAAAAUGGGAAGAAAACGAUCCUACCUCUAGUGUCUUACAUCCACGACAGCGAUCUUUUUAAGAGCACAAAACCAAACUUUCUCACCAGCAUGUCACAGAUGCACUUCUGGGAAGCAAAAAGCACACAUAGGAAGCUGCCUUCCUCUACGUUAGACCAAUUGGUCCAUCUUAGCCCAGUAUUGUCUGCACUGACUGGCAGCAGCUCUCCAGGGCUUCAAGCAGGAAACAUUGUCUGCCCUACCUGGAAAUGCCGCAGAUUGAAUACGGGACCUUCUGCAUAAAAAGCAAGUGCUCUACCACCAAGCUAUAACCCUUCCCCUUUCCUCUUCCUCUGCCUCAAAAGCCUCUUUUUGUGGUGCCUUCCUACUUCUUCCGAGGUUUUACUGAAAUGCUUUCACUUCUUAGAAGCAUCAGUAAUGCCGCAGUUCUCUGGUCAACGGGUACAAAUGAAAAGGAGUGCCUUCCACAGUGUGUUAGAAAGAGGAAUAUAGCCUCAUUAUGUGUAGUGUGAGUUGUUUUUAAUGAUGCUUCCUUUUUUGAGAUACUUGAACAAAAACUGUGUCCUGAAAUCCAUGCCUUUGGACCAAAGUCACUCUGAUAUGUGGGCUGUGUCUGAAUGUGCCUGUACAUAAGCCCAGCCAGGACAUACUAAAGGGGCCUAGCGGAGUCUUCUCCUCACUUAAUGCAUAUUGUGCUCUGCUCAGGUACAGCAAAAAGAAUUAUGUUGAAGCCUUCACCUUGUGGCUUGCCUGCAUCUGUAUUUCUCAAUAAGUGGCCUCUCUCUCUCUUACCAUUAAGCUGAGUCAAAACCCUGUUAGGACUUGAGAUAGGUUUUUGGCACAGAAUUGUGUUUAUCCUGACAGUCAUAUGAAAUGGGGAAAACAGGGAACUGGAAAUAUGAACUUGAGACAACAACCCUUGAAUAGCCUAGAACUCGAGAGAUUAAUGUACAGCAGAAAUAAGGAAACUCUGGGCUCCCAGAUGUUGUUGGGCUACAACUGCCUUCAUCCCUACCUAGCAGGACCAGUGGUUAGGGAUGAUGGGAACUGUAGUCCAAAACAAGCUGGACACCCAAGUUUGGGAAACAUUGAUCCCUGACAACUGUCCAUGCUGAUCAGUUGGAAUUCUAACAACAUCUGAAGGGCCAAAGGUUCCCCAUCCCUCAUUUACAGUGCAAUCCUGGGUAUAUAUUUUAGAAGUCCCAUUGAGUUAAAUAGCUUUUAUACACUGUCCUCCCACCCCUUCUAUUUAUUUUGUAGUUUUAAUGUUGGUUUGUUUGUACUCUGAUUUUAAUGUGUUCCAAGCCACCCAGAGGCGGGGGAAAUAAUCUUUUUUGAAGGACAAGAUAUAUUUUGUAAAAUUAAUUGAUAAAUUAAAGUUAUGGUUUUGUUA